CAAAUUAAAAACACAAAUGGUCUGGAAGAAUAACUCACUGGACCUUAACCAGGCUAUUUGCAUGAAGUUUUAUUUUGUUUGGAGGGUGGGACUUCAACUACAGUAUAAGUUCAAUUGAUUGAUGCCUGUUCCAAAACCAGAACUGCCAGUCUGCAAGUAUUCCAUGGUCUUGUAAUUCUGUUUUCCCCCCAGAGGACACAGAUGGCAAAAAUGACAGUGUUACAUUCCUUCUUUCAAGAUAUCGGCACAGUGCAAAUACUCUGUGCCUUACUUCUGUUUUUUCUGAUUUUGGUAUCGGCCACAUGGAAAACAUCUCCAUUCAGGAUGCCUCCUGGUCCCUUUCCACUUCCUAUUAUUGGUAACCUACACAUACUGGAUUUGAAACGGCUAGAUAAAUCUCUAGAAAAGCUCUCUAAGAAAUAUGGUAAUGUCUUCACAUUAAGUUUUGGCACAAAAAAAUCUGUGGUGAUUCUUGGUUAUGAGGCAGCACAUGAUGCCCUAGUAAACCAUGCAGAUGAGUUUGGAGAAAGAAGCGUAGUCCCAAGUUUUCAGAAACUGACAAAUGGAAAGGGUUUGAUUUCAAGCCAUGGUGACGAGUGGAAAACGAUGAGAAGGUUUGCUUUAUCAACACUACGAGAUUUUGGAAUGGGAAAGACAACUAUAGAGGACAGAAUCCAUAAAGAAGCUGAGAUGCUGAUUAAAGAAAUUGAAGCACACAAAGGUCAACCAUUUUAUGACAAGUGGCUAAUGAACGGCUGUACGGGCAAUGUGAUCUGCUCUAUAGUUUUGGGGAAACGGUUUGAUUAUCAUGAUCCUAUAUUUGUCAAGUUAAUACAAAUAGUGAGUCAGAAUGUGAAACUAAUGGGCAGCCCUGCUGUGCAGCUCUACAACAUGUUCCCAUUUCUUGGAUUUCUCCUUGGUGCUCCAAAUAUUCUGUUCAGAAAUAUGCAUGAGCAGAGGAAAUUCUUUGUUGAGUUUUUAAAGCUAAACAGACAAACUGUGAAUGAGAAUGACAUAAGGAGUUAUGUUGAUGCAUUUAUGCUGAAACAACAAGAGGAAAUGAAAAAGCCAGAUAACUACUUUGAUGAAGAAAACCUUCUCGUGUCAACAUUGAAUCUUUUUGGUGCUGGAUUAGAGACUACAUCUUCAUCACUUCAGUGGGCUUUUCUAAUGAUGAUAAAAUACCCAGAAAUCCAAAAAAAAGUUCAAGAAGAAGUUGAUGAAGUUGUUGGUGAUGGCCGGCUGCCAACACUUGAAGACAGAAAAAUACUGCCUUAUACUGAUGCUGUGAUCCAUGAAGUUCAGAGAUUCUGUAAUAUUGUCACAUUGCCUGUUGGCCGUGAAACAACCUGUGAUACACAUUUCCGAGAGUAUUUCAUACCUAAGGGAACUCGUGUGCUUAUUCUUCUUUCAUCUGUGUUGUUUGAUAAAAUGCAGUGGGAAUCACCAGAUAAAUUCACACCUUCUCAUUUUUUGGAUGCUCAAGGAAAAUUUACAAAGAAAGCUGCAUUUUUACCAUUCUCAGCAGGUAAAAGGGUCUGCUUAGGUGAAAGUCUUGCCAAAGCAGAGCUGUUUCUUCUUUUUACAGCUUUGAUUCAGAAAUUCACCUUCUAUCCCGCUCCUGGUGUUACUUCUGAGGACCUCAACUUGGAACCUGAUUUUGGUAUUACAUCAUCCCCAAAAUACCACCUGGUGUGUGCAGUGUCUCGCAAACAGAAAAAGGGUCCAUAACCGUCUUAUGGAUUUAUGUUUAAAGUUUAUCUGGCACGUUG